AUGAAACAUGGAACCCUGGUUUUGCCUUCCGAUCGGGCAAGGGAAUAUCUGGAUUGUUUAGGAAAACAAGUAGAUAUACAGUUUAUUGACAUGAACGAGAAAACGAUGAAGAGGCAAUACAAGAAAUACAUUCAACGUAUAGAUGAUAUGGAAAGGAUAUUGAGAUUUUUAGAAGAGAAUAUUAAUAAAUUACCAAAUGUAAAAAUAAAAAAGAGUAAGAUAGAUAAUUUUUUAGAUCAUGAUAAUAUAUAUGAAUUAGAUCAAGUAGAAGAGUCUUUGAAUAGAUUACAUGUUCAAUUUGUUCGUUUCUGUAACAAUAACAAAGAUUUAGUAGAUGAGAAAAAUAAUGCUAUUGAGGAGAAGCAUGUAAUAUUAACAGCGAUAAAUCAGUUAAAUCCUGAUGUUUCGAAAAAUGCAAAUAUGAAUAUAAGACCACGUGAAAAUAUAAUACCGUCAACCCCUUUUGAUGAUAGUACAUUAAAUAAUAAUAAUAAUAUUAAUAAUGAAGAGGAAGAUAUUUCAUUAUCCACUCAUAUAAUGAGGGAUGGUAUUAACAUGAUGUUUACAAAUAUAUCUGGUGUUAUUAAUACAAAAGAUCAAGAGAGUUUUAGUAGAACUAUAUUUAGGGCCUUAAGGGGUAAUACAUAUACAUAUUUUCAAAAUAUAGAUGAAAGUAUGAAUGAUGGGGUAGGUACUGGUGUUAGCGCAGGUGCAGCUGGUAUUGGAGGUGGUCUCAGUAGCAAUGGAAGCAGUAAUAGUGGAGGUGGAGGUGGUGCUGUUACUGGUAGUAGUGACAGAGUUAAUGGAAAAGAAAUUUUGUUAAACAACAAAACAGGAAAUGGUGGGAAUAUGGGUUAUAGGGGAAAUGAAAUGAUGAACAAGGAAAAGUCAAAAAAAGAAAACGAUUUAAAAAGUGUGUUUGUUGUAUAUUGUCAAGGUUCAGCUCAAAGUAGUAUAUAUGAAAAGAUAAUGAAAAUAUGUAAAGCAUAUGAUGUGAAAACAUAUGAUUGGCCGAAGACAUAUGAACAAGCAAAACAAAGAUUGAAGGAGUUGAAAGAAAUAAUAAAUGAUAAGGAAAAAGCAUUAAAAGCCUAUGAAGAAUAUUUUAUAAAUGAAAUAUUUGUGUUAAUAAAUGUAGUAGAACCAAAUAAAAAUAGUUUGAUAGAAGAGUGGAAGUUAUUUUGUAAAAAGGAAAGACAUAUAUAUAAUAAUUUAAAUUUUUUUGAAGGUAGUGAUAUAACAUUACGUUGUGAUUGUUGGUAUAGUGGAAAUGAUGAAGAGAAAAUAAGACAUAUAUUAAUAAACAAAUCAUCAAACGAUUUAGUUUCUGCAUUAUUACUAUCAGAUAAGGUAUUAACCUUGAAUAUUUCUCCUCCUACAUAUAUUAAAACAAAUCAAUUUACAAAAACAUAUCAGUCGAUGGUUGACACAUAUGGGAUACCAAGAUAUGGAGAAAUAAAUCCAGCUAUAUCUACAAUCAUAACCUUUCCUUUUUUGUUUGGCAUCAUGUAUGGGGAUGUAGGUCAUGGAGUGUGUAUUUUUCUUUUUGCAUUAUUUUUAAUAUUAAUGAAUAAUAGAAUAAAAAAUAAAAGUAAUAAUGAAAUGGUUUCAAUGCUAUUUGAUGGAAGAUAUAUGCUUCUAUUGAUGGGUUUCUUUGCAGUUUAUGCUGGUUUUUUAUAUAAUGAUUUUUUCUCUAUGCCUUUGAAUUUGUUUACAUCUAUGUUUGUAGUAGAUAAAGAAGUAGAUUCUGUACAAUAUUAUAAAAGAAGAGAAGUUGUAAAUACUACUACUGGUGAGAAGGAAUUUGCACAUCCAUAUAUCUUUGGUUUUGAUGCUAAAUGGUUAGGAGCAGAAAAUGAGUUAACAUAUAUUAACUCGUUCAAGAUGAAAUUUUCUAUUAUUAUAGGUUUUUUACAUAUGACUUUUGGUGUUCUAAUGAAAGGAUUAAAUGCUUUACAUUUUAAGAGAAAAAUUGAUUUCUUUUUUGAAUUUUUACCGCAGUUAGUUAUGAUGUUAUCUAUCAUUGGUUACCUAGUUUUUUUAAUUAUUUAUAAAUGGAUCACUCCUAUAGGGUAUGGUGGUUUUCAAAAACAAGGUAUCAUUAACACUGUUAUUAACAUGUAUUUGUUAAAAGAUAUUAAUAAGUCUAACCAAUUUUAUGCACACCAGGGAAUCGUCCAGGCAUUUCUUAUUGCACUCUUCAUCCUGUGCAUUCCCUUCAUGUUUGUGUGUAAACCAGCCAUAAGGACCUAUGCCAUAAUGAAAGAGAAGAAAAGGAAGAGGGGGAGCAACUAUGGUGGUUAUGGUGGCUAUGCUGACCAUGGUAGUAACUACAAUGGUAAAUCAUGCAUGUACUAUGAACACACAGAGAAAGAAAUGACAAAUUCAUUUAACCAUCACAAUGGAGUAAAUGGAGGUGAUAACAACAAUAGUAGCAGUAACAUUCGUGGAGCUGGUACCAAUGGGUUAUUAUCUUCAUCGUCAUCUAUUUAUAAACGUAGUGUAAUGAAGCAUGGGUAUGACCAAGAGAAUAAUGGGAAUAAUGAUUAUUUAACAUCUAAACGAAAGGGGAAAAGAACGGAUGAUGAAAUGGAAGCACAUCUACUAAGUCCAACAUCACCCGAUGAUGAUUCUAUUGUAACAGAAGGACGAUCAUCCCAUCAUGAAGAAAAUUUAUCAGAAAUAUGGAUCGAACAGUUGAUUGAAACUAUUGAAUUUAUUCUAGGUCUUAUUAGUAACACUGCUUCUUAUUUAAGAUUAUGGGCUCUAUCCUUAGCUCAUCAACAACUAUCUUUUGUUUUUUUUGAACAAACCAUCUUAAAUUCUUUACGAAAAGAUAGCUUCAUAUCAGUCCUUAUAAACCUAAUACUGUUCUCACAACUCUUCUCUAUAUUAACAAUUGCAGUGAUAUUAUGUAUGGAUACCUUAGAAUGUUUUCUUCACUCCUUAAGGCUCCAGUGGGUCGAAUUUCAAAACAAGUUUUACAAGGGUGAUGGGAUACCCUUCAAACCAUUCAAUAUUAAGAAGCUUCUCACGGAGGUGGACUGA